CGCAACAUGCCAUAAUACACACCUACCCAUUUAAUAUUUGUUUGUAUCGUAUUUUUAUUACAACGGAAGUUGAGUGAUGAAGUAUAGAAGCAACUGUUACUUUUCAUUCAGUUAUUCGGAUGUUCAUUCAGAAAUAUGUCACAUUACGUUACGCCAUUCUUGGUUUUGAAUCUAGGAUCUGAAAUGGUCUACGUUGUCGCCCAAAGGCUACAAGCCCAGAACGUAUCAAGCGAUAAGAUGACGAGAGUUUUGGACGAGAUAAUAGGAACCCUUGUUUCUCGGGAACUGGUCUCAGACAUAAUGAAACCUCAACCUGCAUAUUCUCACAAGGCAAUCAAGGAAAUGAUAUCUGUUAUCACACAGAGCUCAGCUAUGAGACUUGAUCCAUCCAGUAUGAACAAACUCUGGGAUUUAAUAACGAUGGUUUACAAAUGGCAACUUACCAUGUCCCACGAAGUCAUCAAAAUUACUCUCAGGCAUCUUUAUGAGAUAGAAAAUUACGUCACCAACCCCGACACUCAGAUAAGGCUUCAAAAAGUUCAGGAUCACAUGGAUAAUUUCAAUAAAUUACUAACACAAGACGAAAAGAUGACUUUGAGGGAAGAUAUAUUAUAUUGGCUCAAACAGUAUAAUGUCAGGGUAUCACUUCUAAUGAGAAUGGGCCUACAAAGCAUGUGUGGCAAUUUCAUUGUUGAUAAUUUGAAUCCCGUAGCGAAUGAUAUGUUGAAAAAUUUAGGUGAGAAUAUUUACGCAGUAACUCAAAACGGCAGGAUUUUAGAGGACAGAAAGAUGUCUUCGAGAUCCGAUUCGGAUCUAAACGAAAUGGCUUAUUUUAUCGAUCAGAUCAAUAUAAAAAAAUCCAACUCUAGUUACUCUGAAAGGGGAGAAAACUUGUUGAAAUUGUCCAUAAAUGAACCCAGCUUGGGUUCACCUAAUGAAAGGAAAAGACUGAGCAGUUUUGGUAGUAUUGAAGUUCAGGUUGAAAGUCCAAAUUUGGAAGACUUGGUUAAAGAUUUGAGCGUCAAAGAAGAUACUCGAUUGAGAAAAAAUUCUUUGAAAGAUGAUUUGUUGAAUUUGCUAGGGGCUGGUGGAAGUAAGUCAAAGGAUUAAUGUUAGAUUGAGUUAUACAUAUGUAUAAAGGCACAAAAUUCCCCUUGCACUGAAUGAGUUAUUUAAUGUUUCGAAUGAUAAACUUUUUUUGGGAAUUGAAAAUAUGUACCUAUUUCAUUUAAAGUAUCAGUGCUUUGAUAAAAAAUGUACAUAUGUACAUUACUCUCAUGUUAUCAAAUAAAGAGCCAAAUAAAACGUCAUCACUU